GAGAGGGGGCGGGGGUGGUCCCGGGCCGCGCGUGCGCGCUGCGGAGAGCGUCGGUUUGUCUGGUUCCUAUGACAACGGCGCCGGCUUGGAGGCCUCGGCCGCCCGGGACGAGAUGAAGCUGAAGCGGUUCUUGCUAAGAUAUUACCCUCCGGGCAUUAUUUUGGAAUAUGUUCAAGGUGGGGAAGUGAAAACCAAAUCUAUAGAUUUACUGGAUCUCAGUGCUGCUACAGAUGUAGAAGCCUUAGUAGCAGAUAUAAGAAAAGCAGAACCUCUCAUCACAGCAUCACGUAAAGACCAGGUUGUACAUUUAAUACUGCGACUACAAGAGAAGCUAGGACAACAGGUGGACCACAAAUUCUAUCUUUUUAAGGUACUCCGGGCUCAUAUAUUGCCACUGACUAAUGUUGCCUUUAACAAAUCAGGUUCUUGUUUUAUCACUGGAAGCUAUGACAGAACAUGCAAACUUUGGGACACUGCUUCAGGAGAAGAGUUACGUUCUCUGGAAGGACAUAGGAAUGUGGUCUAUGCAAUUGCUUUCAAUAAUCCGUAUGGUGACAAGAUUGCAACUGGAUCAUUUGACAAGACCUGCAAAUUAUGGAGUGUAGACACAGGAAAGUGCUAUUACACCUUUAGGGGACACACAGCAGAAAUAGUUUGCUUGUCAUUUAAUCUUCAAAGUACAUUGGUUGCUACUGGAAGUAUGGAUACCACAGCUAAAUUAUGGGACAUACAGACUGGAGAAGAAGUAGUCAGAUUAACAGGGCACUCUGCAGAGAUUAUUGCAUUAUCAUUUAAUACUACAGGAGACAGAAUCAUCACUGGUUCCUUUGACCAUACAGUUGCAGUGUGGGAUGUUGGCACGGGCAGGAGGAUGCAUACUUUAAUAGGCCAUCGUGCAGAAAUAAGUAGUGCACAGUUCAACUGGGACUGCACUCUUAUAAUCACUGGAUCAAUGGACAAAACAUGCAUGUUGUGGAACGCACUGACUGGCAAGCGUGUGGCAACAUUAACAGGCCACGAUGAUGAAGUAUUAGACGUUUGCUUUGAUUACACUGGCCAGCGUAUUGCAACUGCCUCAGCUGAUGGAUCAGCAAGAGUUUAUGAUGCAGAAACAAAAAAAUGUGUAUCAAAACUUGAAGGCCACGGAGGAGAAAUUUCAAAGAUCUGUUUCAAUCCUCAAGGCAGUCGCAUUCUUACAGCCAGCUCAGAUAAGACAGCUCGGCUUUGGGAGCCUCAGACAGGACAAUGCAUUCAAAUACUAGAAGGCCACACUGAUGAAAUAUUUUCGUGUGCUUUCAAUUACAAGGGCAAUAUAAUCAUUACAGGUAGCAAGGAUAAUACAUGUAGGAUAUGGCGCUAAUUGAGGACAAUCUCUGACCCGACUUCCCAGUGGCUUUUAUAUGAGGAGCUUAUUAUACAGGCAAUAACUACUAAGCCCUUUAAAAACCUGUUUUCUGUUUUUGCCUUUUUAAAAAUGUUACUGAAGUAGACUUA